AUGAGAAGUAAUGUCCAAACCAACUCUGAAUCUGGCAACGCCACCAGUUGCACAGCUGCCCAGUCACUAUCCCCAGCCUCUGCUGUGCAAGAGGUGAUGUCUAAACCACCAGCCUACCAGGACAUGAUAUCGGCACCCACCCCCAACAGCACUUCCAUCUCCACCAGGUCUGCUGCACCCCAGAAAGGCAGCUUUGUGUUCCAGACAGAGGUGCUGUGAUUAAUUUUUUUAAAAUCCCCUGUACAGUUCCCUGCUUUGUUUCUGUAUAAUUUCAGUUUCUUGUUAUGAUGCAAGGCAAAUCUGUGUGUAAACUGACAAAAUACCAUCUUUAUCUUAGGUGGAGGAGGUGAGGAUGGAGUGCCGCAGCACCCCCACGGGGUUAAAUAUCCUCCACUCCCAUGAGACUUCUGAGCUGUGCACCACCCACCGUGUGUCUGGGACAGAUGAAGACUUGGUGCAGCUCUGUUCUUCCUCCUCCCUCCACCACCACAAGGCCUCACAGGAGGGGAUGGGUCUGGUUGGAGAGAAGGAGGAGCAGUGUCUCCAGCAAUCCUGCCCAGAUAUACUCCUAAUGGAUGGGUCGUCCUCUAGUGGCGGACCAGAGAACUUCCUUGAUCUUGAGGACUGCGACUCUGUUGUCGCGAAAACACUGACCGAACGACCAGGGAAUGCUGAAUCCGAUAUGGACUACAGAUUGGUGGUCCAAAGCCACAAAGCCGAUGGUCCUCAAUUGGCAAGGAACGACGGAGAACUGAGUGGGAACAGCUCCAAGAGUGUCCAUUUUAAGAUCCUCCACAUGCCCUUUGACAUGCAGUAUUUAGAAGAGCUGAGGAAGAUUGAGGCGUCUGUGUGGUCUGUGGAGUCUCUGGCGCCGUAUGUCCCCUCAGCAGAGUUUAUGAUCCAGCAGGGCCUGAUGGAGCCACACAAGGAGGCACUGAGCCCCGUGGUGGAAAAGGUCCCUGUCGCGGAGGAAGUCCCCAUGGUGGAGGAAGUCCCCACAGCAGAGGUCGUGGAGAAGGUCCCCACGGCAGAGGAGGUCUCCAUAGUGGAGGAAGUCCCCACGGCAGAGAGCACUAUGAAUGAAAAUGUAACAAUGGCAGAGAUGGUCCCUAAUGUGGUGGAGGUACCUGCAAUAUCCAGUCGUAACAAAACGGACAACACUCCCACAUCUCCAGAGACCAGUCAAAAGAGGGGUGCGGUGAGUGACCUUGAUCAUCAGGAUACCUCAUUUGGGGCGUUACCUACAUACCGUCCCUCAACUAGCUGGCUGGCCGACUUUGGCAACGUCUACUAUUACAGCAAGCUGCCUCCUAAUGUUGAGGAGCAGCGCAAGAUCCUCAGAUGCAGCCCACUUAAGCUGUCAAGCCCCAAAGGGAAACCUAACCAUGACCAAGAGCCUAAAGAUCCUCAUCGUGUUGCAGUCACUACAACUGCUCCACUCAGGCUAAAGGGAUGCAGACUGAGAGAAAAGGUGGACAGGAGGAGCUACUCUGACCAAGAGUGCUGUGCUAACCGGACCUUCAAUGGGAACACGGGGACCUCUGGUGGCCUCAAAAGGGAGCGCAUCUGUGCCAGAUGUUUGACAACAAAAUGCAGUGUGAACAAGAUACCUGGCAGUCCUGGGCCAGGCCUGGAUGCUCUGAUUGUAAAACGACAAGGGGUCCCCGUUCCACCAUGGGAGGAAUCUAUCCUAGCCCAGACUUGUGCAGCCUGCAAAUGCCUCCCACGGAGGCGGGUGACGAGGAAAGGUUCCGGGUCAGAUGUUCCCGGCGGACCACAUAAUGAAGAGACUGAGGGUGAGACCUCUGAGAACAGGUAAUGGUUGUGGCAUGGCACAUUCUUGCUUCGAACUUUGGAUUAUGCCUUGUACAGUAUGUCGAGCUUGGGACUAUAACGUUCUAUCUGCAUUUGUCAAUGUAGUUAUUGACAGCCUUGUUCUGUUCAAUGUUCCCUACAUAUCCAGUAUAGUACUCUAAAUACCCCAAUUAAAGUUGAAAAGAAUACUAGAUAAAAAUUUCUGACGCCAUUCAAACCAAUGUGGGCUUGGAACUUUAAAGCCAAUGAUCUCAAUCAUCGUUUUGCAGAUAGAACCUUAUAGUCCCAAGCUCUCAAUUAGUAUUUAGUCUGCUGCUGUUUUGACAAUGUUCCCGCUGUAAUAACAUACAAUGACUUGAAAUGUCCCCUUAAUGAAGUAUCAAUCUACCUAACAGUUCUUGUCGGGCAGGACCGGGGCCCAAACUGCGGGACCCAAGGAGGCCUGAGUCCUCCAUGAAGCGCUACUCUGAGGCAAGUACUGCACACUGUAUACUUGGCAAAUGACACCCUAUUUGCUAUAUAGUGUACUACUUUUGACCAGGGCCACGCUAUAUGUAUUUAAAGCUGCAAUAUGUAACUUUUUAGGUGACCUGACCAAAUUCCCAUAGAAAAGAGUUAUAGAUUUGUCAUUCUCAUUGAAAGCACGUCUAAGAGGUGGUAGAUGUGUUCUGUGCUAUUUCUAUGCUUACGUUAAGUUUAGUUCGUCUUUCACGUUCCGUUUUAUACACCAGUUUCAAACAGCUGAAAAUACCAUAUUUUUUAUUUAGCCGGUGCAAUGAUUCUCUACACUAUACUUGCUUGUUUUUGUCAAACUGAAUUUAUGCAAACUAUUAGAAUUUUAGCAACCAGGAAAUGGCCAGUGUCAUACUUGAGUAAAAAUAUUGUCAUACUUGAGUAAAAGUAAAGAUGCCUUAAUAGAAAAUGACUUGAGUAAAAGUGAAGUCACCCAGUAAAAUAGAGAAAGUCUAGAAGUGUUGGGUUUUAAAUAUACUUAAGUAUGAAAGUAUAUAAAUUUCACAUUCCUUAUACAGUGGGGGGAAAGGUAUUUAGUCAGCCACCAAUUGUGCAAGUUCUCCCACUUAAAAAGAUGAGAGGCCUGUAAUUUUCAUCAUAGGUACACGUCAACUAUGACAGACAAAUUGAGAAAAGAAAAUCCAGAAAAUCACAUUGUAGCAUUUUUUAUGAAUUUAUUUGCAAAUGAUGGUGGAAAAUAAGUAUUUGGUCACCUACAAACAAGCAAGAUUUCUGGCUCUCACAGAUCUGUAACUUCUUCUUUAAGAGGCUCCUCUGUCCUCCACUCAUUACCUGUAUUAAUGGCACCUGUUUGAACUUGUUAUCAGUAUAAAAGACACCUGUCCACAACCUCAAACAGUCACACUCCAAACUCCACUAUGGCCAAGACCAAAGAGCUGUCAAAGGACACCAGAAACAAAAUUGUAGACCUGCACCAGGCUGGGAAGACUGAAUCUGCAAUAGGUAAGCAGCUUGGUUUGAAGAAAUCAACUGUGGGAGCAAUGGAAGACAUACAAGACCACUGAUAAUCUCCCUCGAUCUGGGGCUCCACACAAGAUCUCACCCCGUGGGGUCAAAAUGAUCACAAGAACGGUGAGCAAAAAUCCCAGAACCACACGGGGGGACCUAGUGAAUGACCUGCAGAGAGCAGGGACCAAAGUAACAAAGCCUACCAUCAGUAACACACUACGCUGCCAGGGACUCAAAUCCUGCAGUGCCAGACGUGUCCCCCUGCUUAAGCCAGUACAUGUCCAGGCCCGUCUGAAGUUUGCUAGAGUGCAUUUGGAUGAUCCAGAAGAGGAUUGGGAGAAUGUCAUAUGGUCAGAUGAAACCAAAAUAUAACUUUUUGGUAAAAACUCAACUCGUCGUGUUUGGAGAACAAAGAAUGCUGAGUUGCAUCCAAAGAACACCAUACCUAUUGUGAAGCAUGGGGGUGGAAACAUCAUGCUUUGGGGCUGUUUUUCUGCAACGGGACCAGGACGACUGAUCCGUGUAAAGGAAAGAAUGAAUGGGGCCAUGUAUCGUGAGAUUUUGAGUGAAAACCUCCUUCCAUCAGCAAGGGCAUUGAAGAUGAAACGUGGCUGGGUCUUUCAACAUGACAAUGAUCCCAAACACACCGCCCGGGCAACGAAGGAGUGGCUUCGUAAGAAGCAUUUCAAGGUCCUGGAGUGGCCUAGCCAGUCUCCAGAUCUCAACCCCAUAGAAAAUCUUUGGAGGGAGUUGAAAGUCUGUGUUGCCCAGCGACAGCCCCAAAACAUCACUGCUCUAGAGGAGAUCUGCAUGGAGGAAUGGGCCAAAAUACCAGCAACAGUGUGUGAAAACCUUGUGAAGACUUACAGAAAACGUUUGACCUGUGUCAUUGCCAACAAAGGGUAUAUAACAAAGUAUUGAGAAACUUUUGUUAUUGACCAAAUACUUAUUUUCCACCAUAAUUUGCAAAUAAAUUCAUAAAAAAUCCUACAAUGUGAUUUUUCUCUCAUUUUGUCUGUCAUAGUUGACGUGUACCUAUGAUGAAAAUUACAGGCCUCUCAUCUUUUUAAGUGGGAGAACUUGGACAAUUGGUGGCUGACUAAAUACUUUUUUCCCCCACUGUAUUAAGCAAACCAGGCCGCACAAUCGUGUUUUUUAAAUUUACAGAUAGCCAGGGGCACACUAAACACUCUGACAUAAUUUACAAAUGAAGCAUUUGUGUUUAGUGAGUCCGGCAGAUCAGAGGCAGUAGGGAUGACCAUGGAUGUUCUCUUGAUAGGUGCAUGAAUUGGACCAAUUUCCUGUCAAAAUGUAAUGUGUACGUUUGGGUGUCAGGGAAAAUGUAUGGCGUAAAAAGUACAUUUUCUUUAGGAAUGUAGUAAAGUAAAAGUUGUCAAAUAUAAACCGUAAAGUACAGAGACCCUAAAAAACCAACUUCAGUAGUAUUUUUACUUAGGUACUUUACACCACUGGAAAUGGCAGAGCGAUUUCUGCGUAGUGCACCUUUUUUUUUUAAAUGGUCAAAUAUAUUCUCGAUCCAUCCAGAAGUGUCCCAUGGGUCCGCACUCAAAACUGAGGGAGAAGAACUGUUCGUGUGAAGAGCCCCAUCAUGGGCCCCCCGCUGCUGUGCGGGAGGGGCCACGACGCCAUCACCAUGGCAAUGUCAUUAGGGAGCGAAAUGAGGAGAACCUUGGUGUGUGCGUCUCCGUCCCACUUCAGGACAAAUGGAGAAACCAGAACCAAUGCUACCUCGCCGCACAGAAAUGGCAACAAGGUAAGCCCAAAGCAUUGUUUUGUAAUAAAGAUUUGUUAUUGAUGUAAUGCGUAAACCAGUUUUAGCCUGUAUUGUUCCAUAGAGCAUUUAAAAACAUUUGUCAGUUGCUAUGUUCAAUGUCAUUUGAACGUUUGAGUUGAAAUGUUCCUUUCUCUUCCUACAGAGAAGUUGUGGAGAGCGGCUUUGUCCAACCCUGACAACACUGAAAGUAAUAGUAGUAAGAAUGGACCCAGACACUUGAUUAAACAGAAGAAACACAUUUCACAAUCACAA